AUGGUCUGCCGUGUCAUGUCUGGGUUUUCUGAUGCCUUUUACAUCGUGCUACUUCUCGACGACAACGACACAUUGGAUGAUGUUGCGUCUUCAAGAUUGUGGAGAGCAGCACACUUGGUUAGAUCGGACGGUGCCUUGAUCAUUCUCCACUCAUUUAUCAGCUUGCAUCGUUGGCCUAUUUGUUUGUUCAAUGUGAUCGAUCUACUUGUCGUAUUUGUUGUUUCAGAUGCUGUGGUGGAUGGCGCUUGCUUUGCUCGAUAA